AUGGGACCCCAGCAUCUCAGCCCCAUGCAGCUGCUCUGUCUCCUGGGGGCCAUUUCCUCUCUGCCUUGGGCUGAAGCUCUUCUGUGCUAUGAGGCAAAAUCUUCACUCUUCAGAGCUGUAGAUCUCCAUAAAUGGCAGUGGUUUCUGUUGAGGAGCGUGGUGUGUAAACUGAAUGAGGGCUGUGAGGAGACGCUGGUGUUCAUCGAGGCAGGGACCAGAAGGGGACUCCUGGGUUUUAAAGGCUGCAGCCCAGCCUCAUCUUAUCCCCCGCAAGUCUCCUACCUGGUUUCGCCACCUGGAUUGUCCAUCGCCUCCUAUAGCCGGGUCUGCCGGACCUAUCUCUGCAAUAACCUCACCAACAUGGAGGCUAUAUUGCAGCUCAAGGCCAGGACUCCCAAGACUUUAGCAUUUUCUUCCCACAGUUGCCCAACUUGUGUGGGCGAGCACUCGAAGAGCUGCCUCCCAAAUUUUGUCUCCACUGAGUCUUGCCCCAGAGAUGCUACUAAGUGUUACAGUUCCACAGUGAAAUUCCAGGCAGGGUCUCUCAAUACCACCUUCCUCCUCAUGGGCUGUGCUCGUGAACAUACCAGUGUUUUAGCCCAUUUUCACCAUAUUGGGAGCAUCAGAGUGACCGAGGUCCUCAACAUCGUAGAGAGGGCCCUGUUUACUGGUGCAGGGACCCCUUGUCGGAGUCCUUGGGGCAUCCUCUUAGGCCUCCUGUUUGCCUUCAAGGGCUAA